AUGAAUUACAAUAGCCAAGAUCAAUGGUCCGCCGGGUGGGCGCACACGUCGUCAGGCUGGUCUAACACUCCAAAUGAACAUCACACUGGCCAACAGGUCGACGGGGUGGAAGAUCUUAUAGAUGAAUUUGGCGCAACAAGCAUCGGACACCAACAAGUCUAUGACCAGAAUUCAGCAUAUCACACCCAGGCAUACCAACUUCCUGCAUAUCAAAAUCUUCAGCAACAACCAUAUCCCAACACACUUUACCAGCCCCAACUUUUUCCGAACCAACAAUAUCAGGCCACGCUGUUUCCAAGCCCAGGCUACCCAACCUCCGCAUAUUCGAAUCCGGCAUUGCAUGAACAGUAUGUUAGUCAGGCGGGCUUUAGCCAGACCUACAGCGCGGGAAACUACACACAUAGAUCACAACCGAGUUAUAGUGGAGGUGAGACCACACCAAGUUUACCCACGUUCAAUUUGUUCCUACCUAAUGCCAGUGCAGAUCAACUUCAAAUCCAUGCAGGACCAGCUUCUCAAGAUCGCACACCGACUUUCAUCGACAAGGGAAAGCCUCCAGAACCAGGAACGAAAUCUAAGAACAGAGGCCCUGGUGAUAGACACAGAGACAGAGGUAACGGAAAAGGCAAAACGAACAACAGGGGUUAUUCAUCGAAGUUGGGAAAGACAUCGGCCGAACCCGACGAUGACGAACCUUUUUUCGAAACGGGGGAAGAUUCACGAACUAAGACCGACGGAUAUUCUCAGACCAGCAGUUGUUUGAACAGAGAUGGCGGCCAACACCCUGAAUCAACAGAUCAGGUUACGUCGCCCUCAGCAGAGAGUGUCGCAGGCAGCAAUGGGCUCAGUUUUGGUAAUGGUUUCAACGCUGACGCCUUAUCUCCGGACUAUUCAUCAGCUACAGCAUACGAAGAUCCGAUCAGUCAGCAGACUAUGCUGCGAAUGAACCUUUCACCAAGGGCUGGGUACCCACUACCUCUCGGCCUUUCUUCUGGUGCGAUCGAUUACAGCGUGUCGACGAAUAGAUCAAUAUCUGGACCGCUUGACCCCCGCUACAAAGUCCACCCUUCCUCGAAAUUUAGCCCUGGAUCGGUAUUCAAGAUCCUGUGGCCAGAGCCUGCUGGUGUCAAUCUUAACGAGCUUUCAGGCGAGAUAGAAAGGGAUCUUGUACAAGACCCGGGCCACCUGUUCUACUCGUCCAUCCGGCGUUUCAUCGUUAUCGGAAAUGACGAAGGCAACUGUACCUGUGUUAAAGCGGGCGUAAAGCCAAGGCAACACGGCAUCGCCUAUCAUGCCGGAAACCAGCCUCAGCUUCUGGAAGGAGAACCCCAGUUGGGGUUCGAGCCAAUACAGGUCGAAAUGCUGGAUUCACCCCACGAGACUCUGGUGAUGGAGUCCCGAGUAAACUACUCGAAGCUUAUGACGAUCGAGCACAACUACAAGGUCCUCUUCAUCGGCCGAGUCGCCCACGAAGACUUCAAGGACAUUGUCAUACCGGCGGUCGACGCUUGUUGGAACGCAAAGAACCGAGGCACAACUAGCGAUCAUCACAGACAUAUAUCGAGAGGCUCGGUCGAGAGAUAA